CCGCCCUGCUCCAAGCUAUGGCCUGCCUUCGGGGCUGGAAGGAGGCCAGGCAGGAAGCCUGGGGAAGAAGACGCCUUCCAGCCCCGCCUGCCUGCCCGCCCGCCUUCUCCGGCAGAAAGAGCCCGCUGCCAGGCACCAUCGCCAUGCGGGCCGGCUGCAACAAUUUUAUGAAGUUGGGAGGAUUUAUCAUUGCAUCUUUAUGUGCCUGGUACUUGGGGUCCCUUUUGGCAUAUAUGAUACCUGAAGACUCAAUAAUAUCAACUUAUGACAAUCUUCAGAACCUUGCCAAAAAACCAAAAAUUGUGGUUCCAGCCCCUAAAAGACAGAAAUGUGACCAAUGGGCUCCAUGUCCGCCUCGAAGCUAUGCUUAUCGCAUACUCAGUGGUGGAGGCAGGGAGAAGUAUGCAAAAAUUUGUUUUGAAGAUGAACUGCUCAUAAGCGAAGAAAAAGGGAAUGUUGGAAGAGGAAUAAAUAUUGCAGUUGUAGACUAUGGCACUGGAAAAGUUGUUGCUGCAAAAUAUUUUGACAUGUGGCAAGGGGAAUUCUCUGGACCAAUGGCUGAUUUCAUCAGAAAGGCCCCUUUGAGGUCACUGCUCCUGAUGGUAACUCAUGAUGAUGGAAGUAGCAGGUUAAAAGAGGAUGGGAAAAAGGCAAUUGCUGAACUCGGAAGUAAAGAAAUACGAAAUUUGAAAUUUAGAUCAAGUUGGGUCUUCAUAGGAGGAAAAGGGUUUAAGCUACCAGAAAAUAUAGAAAAGGAAAAGAUCAACCAUUCUGACAUGAAUAAGAACCGAUACGAUGGCUGGCCAGCGGAAAUCCAGAUAGAAGGCUGUAUUCCGAAGAACAUGACGAACUGAAUUCUCAAAUACUAUCCACAAACUGCAUUCUGAAUUGUUCUCGUAAACAAUUCACCAUCAAUUGCCAAUGUUCACUAUUUUACACUAGGCAAAAUUUGUUUGAACAGCUGAGUUCACUGAGUUCUUGCAGCCAAAUCUAUUUAUUUUGGCAUACAACUGAUUAUAGGUAUUUUCUUCUUCUACUAAUGUGUUCUGCUGUGUCCUAUGAAAAAUCAGCUUGUUUUAAGUCCCAGGUUUUUUGCAGUCAGUAAAAUGACAUGUUUAUAUAUUGGCAUGUUGUUUUUAGUAACCAAAGAUCAGAUGGGCAGUGAAGCGUACAAAAUAAUCCCUUAUUUAUGUCUCCAUUCACUACUUUUUACUUGAAACAUUUGAAGGCCUAACCUAUGGUAGUCAUGAAACAAGUGCUUUCAUGGUCCACAGUUUAUACUUGAACCUUUUACCUAUUUAUUAUUUUAAAAAUACACUUGAAACAAUAAACAGAUUCUAUUUUAAA